AUGGCAGAUUCAAGUCUGGACGACUUUUUUGCCAAAAAAGACAAGAGUAAAAUGAAAUCUAAACCAAAAUCUGGUGGUGGUGAUGAGGAUGAGGAAUGGAAAGAUUUUGAGGAAGAAAAAGAUAAAGACUUCUCAGGUCUCCCCAUUCAAAAUUUGCAGAUAACUAAAGAACAGGAUGAUAGAGAAGCAGCAGAUUAUAUCGACAAUGGUGAUGAUGAUGUUAGAGAUAACAAGGACAGGCGAGAUGGGGCAUCUGGGGCAUGGAAUAAAUCAAACACACUUUCAACAACAGCACCAGUCCAAGAACAAAUCCACCAUCAUGAGCCAGAUAGGGAAGAAACAACGCCUAAACUCCUGCAAAAUAUUCUUCAGUAA